UUUUAAUUCGUUUUAUUUAUAACUUCCUCCGUUUUAAUCAAUUACAUUAAGUCACCUUACAAAUAUUAUUCAAGCUUGAUUAUGAAAGAAGAAGAGAAUUAUAUAGAUGAGCAAGUCAUUUCCGAUAAAGUUGAAGAAGAGAAACCAGCAUUUGAUGAUGAAAAACAUGCAGAGUCCUGGUUACAAGAUUCAAAAGAUAUGAAAUUAGAUCCUGAAGGACAAAGUGAUGAUUUUUUGCCUAUGGAAGAUGAUAUUGAUAUUGCUAUUGUCAACGAUCUUGCCGUUACUGAAGAUGACACCACAUUAAGAUCUGUAACUGUCAGAUCUAUAAUUGUCGGAACACUUCUUUCCAUCCUCAGUUCAUCCGUUUCCCAACUUAUGGUGUUCAAACCCGUUGGUAUUGCAUUAACCAGUACGUUUAUGUUGAUUCUGGCUUAUGUUUUCUGCACUGCUUGGGCCAGGUUCCUUCCUAAAGGUGGCUGGUUAAACCCCGGUCCCUUAAAUGUGAAAGAACAUGCUUGUAUAUAUAUUAUGAUUUCCGCUGCCAAUGUUAGUGCCUAUGCCACAUAUGUUUUAUCUGCACAGCAGCUUUUCUACACAGACAGUCCUGGAGCUGCCGGUGGGAUAUUUUUACUACUGGGUACACAACUUGUCGGUUACGGUAUUGCUGGUCAACUCAGACCUUAUCUUGUAUAUCCCUCCAACAUGAUCUGGCCCCUCUCUCUUCCUGUUGUAUCUUUAUUGAAAACAUUCAAUACCAAUGCAGAAGAAGCCAAGUCUCGCACACGAUUCUUUUUUAUCGUCUUUGGCGGAAUUUUUAUUUACGAAUUUAUUCCUCAAUAUAUGUUUCCUAUGCUCGGUGGAGUCUCUAUUGUCUGUCUUGCUAAAGAUAACAGUCCUUGGAUCCAACGUCUUUUUGGUGGUAUCGCUGUCAACGAAGGAAUGGGAAUGUUUCAACUCAGCUUUGACUGGAACUUUUUAUCUUUCUACACGCCUUUAACUAUUCCUCUAUGGGUCCAAUUGAAUGUCUACUUUGGUAUUUUGGUUCUAUGGAUCAUGGCUCCACUUGUUUACUACUAUGAUGUAUGGAAUGCUCAAAGCUUUCCGUACUUGUCCAACUCCAUUUUUAAGCUCUAUGAUAAUGGUACCUCUGAAAUUUAUCCCCAACAUGAAGUACUAAAUUCAGACAACUCUUUGAACCAUACUCUUUUGGAGGAAGUAGGAAGUCCACAGUUUUCUGCUGUCUUUGCUGUAAACUACGUUUUGGGAAACUUUGCUGUCACCGCUACGAUCACCCAUGUUGCUCUCUUUUAUGGAAAAGAAAUCUGGUCCAAUUUUAGAACACUUAAAAGCAAAAUUAUCAGCGGCGAUGUCGAUAUUCAUAUGAAAUUAAUGCAAGCUUACCCAGAGGUUCCUUCUUGGUGGUACUAUUCUGUUUACGUCUUUGGUAUUGCUCUUAACAUUGGUAUUGCAUAUGCAAAUCAUUCUCAACUUCCUUGGUGGGGUGUUAUAUUUGCUAUUGUUAUUUCUACCGUCCUUUCGUUGCCACUCAAUCUCAUUAGUGCAGUCACUGGAUAUGGUUUUGGAUUAAACGUAUUAACUGAGAUGAUCUGUGGUUUUGUAUUGCCGGGAUAUCCUAUAGCCAAUAUGUACUUCAAAACUCUGGGUUAUAACACUAUCUCACAAGCUGGUGUAAUGGCGAAAGAUUUAAAGAUUGGCCAUUAUCUUAAGGUUCCUCCAAAGAUGACAUUUCUCCAUCAAAUACUUGGUACAAUUAUUGGAUGCAUUUUCAAUUAUGUUGUGAAUGAUAGUAUCACAACGUCUGAGCGUGAAAUUCUUUUAGAUCCUGUGGGAAAUCAAUUCUGGAACGGUGCUUCACCUCAAACCAUCAAUUCUGCUGGUAUUACUUGGGGAGCCAUUGGUCCAGCUGUUAUGUUUGGUCCAAACACACAAUAUUACAUUAUUCUUUGGGCAUUUGUUAUUGGGUUUUUUAUUCCUAUCCCCUUCUGGAUCCUCCACAAAAAAUUCCCCAAUAUUGGAUUCAACUACAUUAAUAUUCCCAUGAUCUUGACUGGUGUCUCCACUAUGCCUGGUGUUAACACAAGCUGGGUCACUCUUUCGUUUGUUCUGAUUCUUAUUUCUCAAUGUUAUCUGAAGCGUCGUCAUAGUGCUUGGUUUGUUAAGAACAACUAUUUAAUUUCUGCUGCUUUGGAUUCAGGAACUUCUCUCAUGGUAUUUUUGAUUUCGCUCAUUUUCUACGGUGCGGCCGGUGGUACUCCUCAUGUAUUUCCGACUUGGUGGGGUAACAAUGCUGACGCAUUAUACGUUGACAAUUGUUGUCUUAACUGUUAAAUAUUGUCUCAUUCAAUUUAUAUAACCCAUAAUAUUUAAUUCUGAUAUCCAAUGUUGAUUUCUACCAUAUUUCUUUAUUCAUUUCAACCUUUUAUUUUGCUACAAUAAAUUUCUUUCUAAAUCUUUUUU